CCGGGCUGCAUUUUGGAUCCAGUCGUUCUCCCUCAUCCCCGACCGACCUCUCCCUUCCCCCUCUCACCGUUGGUCUCCUCCCCCUAUUACUCGGCUAUACUCUCCUCGCACAAGUCCAUUCCUUCUAUUCCACACCGGCCAUCAUGUCUGCCUCCAAGGCAGAGUCUCAAAAGAUCUUUGAGAAAUUAAAGCUCAAACCCGCAAACAAGAUCUGCUUCGAUUGUGGCUCCAAGAACCCAACAUGGUCCUCGGUGCCUUUCGGUAUCUACCUGUGCCUGGACUGCUCGGCUAACCACCGGAACCUGGGUGUCCACAUCUCCUUUGUUCGCUCCACCAACCUCGACCAAUGGCAGUGGGAGCAGCUCCGCAUGAUGAAAGUCGGCGGAAAUGAGUCUGCCACCAAGUACUUCCAAUCACACGGAGGGUCUGCCGCUUUGGCUAGCAAGGACGCGAAGGUCAAGUACACAUGUAACGCCGCCGUGAAGUAUAAAGAGGAGUUGAAGAGACGGGCCGCUCAGGAUGCGCAGCAGUACCCCGAAGAGGUGGUGAUCACAGAUAUCCCCGUCGGUACCUCGUCCAAUGGCUCGAGCACCCCUGCCGGAGAUGGUGACGAUGAUUUCUUCUCCUCCUGGGACAAGCCAUCCAUCAAGCGGCCAAGCAACCCUCCUUCCCGCACGGGUACCCCUCCGGUUGUGAGUCGCACCGCGUCGCCCUUCCUCAACUCGGGUGCCAAUGGCUCGCGCUCCAAAUCCCCGCUUUCCGCUUCCGACAAAGAUAGCGCUGCUGCCUCUCCCGCCCCGGCCGCUAUUCGGGCCAGUGCUACUGUUCGCAAGACUUCCUCGACCUCGACUGCCAAGAAGGGUAGUGUGUUGGGUGCCAAAAAGGCCCCCAAGCUUGGGGCCAAGAAGAUCGUCAGCGGCGCGGACAUUAUCGAUUUCGAUGAGGCGGAGAGAAAGGCCAAGGAAGAAGCCGAGCGCAUCGAGAAACUGGGCUAUGAUCCUGAAGCUGAACGGGCUGAAGCCGAGGCCAAGACUAAGGCCACUACCGCAGCCGCGCCCAUUGCUUCUCCUACUCCCAUCAACCCUUCGCGGACAUCUCAGGAACGCAGCUCCGGCGAUGUCGAGCGCCUUGGAAUGGGAAUUGGACGACUAGGGUUCGGGCAGACCGUUGGCGCUCCGAAGCCUCCUGCUCCGAAGAAGUUGGGCUUUGGUGCCGUGGCUACUAGAUCUGCAGCCGACGAUGAGGAAUUGAAGCAAGCCAAGUCUAGGUUUGGCGCUCAGAAGGGUAUCUCGUCUGAUGAGUUUUUCGGACGGGAUCGCUUUGACCCCAACGCCCAAGCCGAGGCUAAGGAGCGUCUGCGUCAAUUUGAUGGCGCUACCGCUAUCUCCAGCAACUCCUACUUUGGCCGUCCUGAGGACGAUCUACCCGCCGAGAGCGACACAUACGGAGACAUCGAAAACGCAGCGAAGGAUUUCGUGCGCCGGUUUGGUAUCACCGCAGGUGAUGAUCUUGAGAAUUUGACGCAGCUGGUUGGAGACGGUGCCAUUAAGCUGCAGGGUGCUAUACGCAGCUACCUCAACAGCUAAACGUGACCCUUUGUCGUAUUCCACGCAACGCACUCAAUUCCCCGGUUCUUGCACCUCAUCUUGACCUUUCUGCUAGCCAUUCAUCUACGAUCUCCUUCACAUGUGGCGUUUCCAUCCUCAUGAUCUUUCUAUUCCCCUGAUUCGUAUUGUUCUAGACAGACAAGUGCCCGGUCCACUCUAACCAAACGCGCAGUGUCCCGCAGAUCACUAGACCCCCGUCGUCCAUCGAUGCGGUUUAGACGGGACCGGAAUUACCUCAUCAACUGUUUGCCUUGUUCCCAUUUUCAGAAUCACCGUCAGCAACGGUUUUCGUACGCUUUGAGACUUUCUUUGUAUUCUUGUAUAUCCGUUGCAUAUAAGUAGUCGCGUUCACCAUUACCGGGAAACCUCCUCUGGAUGUAAACGCAUAGCAAUUGACUUCGCCAUCACA